UGCUUUCCCUGAAUUACCAUGUCUGCGCGCCCGCGUCCAAAGCCAGUGCCACGUCCAGUGGCAAAAUCUAAGGCUCCAUUAAUUCCUACUGCAGGAAACAAGAUAGACGAUGAAGAUGCUAUAUUCAUGCGGAAUCGCGGAAGAACCUCUCAAUGCUGGAACAAGCUUCGGCAACUAACAAAGGCUCCGUCCGACAAAGCUGACGAGGAUGACCUCGAUUGGGGUGAACGAACUGAACCGGAAUCUACCCCGAGGCGUCGUAAGAAGAAGCCAAAUAAACAGCAUGAAUUACCUCGGUGGCAAGCGGCGGACAUAGUCACUCUCCUUUCUUCAGAUAACGAAGAGGACGAUCUGGAAAUCACAGAGAACACACCAAAAGCCUCACGCAAUGACACGUCCCUUCGAAAACGAAAGAGAGACCGUAGUCGCUCAAAAUCCAUCACACCACCUCCGCAACUUCCCAUACACCAACUCAAUAAUGCAAGGAACCUGGUCAGACAAGCGCUUGCUGUUGCGCCCCGCGCCCCCUCACCAAUUCAAUUUGCCGAUGACCCAACAGAUACCUCUGACUUAAAUCCCGAACUGGCCAAAAUUGCCGAAGAGGUUCGUAGAAGGGCUGUAGAAACUAAGAACAUCCCAGAACAAGGCGGCGGCCCUGAGUUGGUUAUCAUCAAGGUCCGAUGGCGGCCUCAUCCACGGAAUCCAGCGGGUGCAAAGGAUGUUUGGAACUUUAAGAUGAAAAGACACGACACAUUUCAGUACAUGUUUGAGGAGGUAGCAGACUUGGCUGCUGUUUUAGUAGAAAGCCUUGUCGUUAGUCACGAUGGAAAGCGUCUGUUCGCUUCAGGCACACCUCACGGUCUUCGAAUUUGGGCAGAAGGAGAGCUCGAAGCAUGUGAUCAAACAACUUGGGAUUACAUACGCGCUCAACGUCAUCAGCAAGUUCCAAAUGGCGCUCAGUCAUCAAAGCAUUCGCCGUCUCCGGAAAGAGAGACAGAUGCGGAGUCGGAAGCCGAGUCCACUGGCGGCGACAAAAUCAAGCUUGUAUUCAGGUCCGCGGUUACCGAGGACAAUAUCAACCUUACGGUUCGACCUACAACAACGUGUGGAGCCAUUGUCAAAGCAUUUCUCAAGGCUGCCGGACUAUCUGACCGGUCUUCGAAGGGUACAGCACAAGCCAUGCCUCAGCUAAUGGUUGAUGGAGAUAAGAUGGCAGAUAAUAUGGAAAUCGGAGAGGCAGACCUUGAUGAUGGAGAUUUGGUUGAAGUUGUUGGACUAUGAUUGUACUAAUCAUUGGGCCAGUUCGACAUUUUUUUCGGUUACUCAGAGGCAUUACAUUACUGUUGUACCAUUGCUGUGUAGUAGAAAUCGUAUUUCACAA